UAAAUAUCAUAGCUUUGCUGGGUGCGCCAGGCAGGUUCUCACAAACAGGUUGUUCGGACAGAGCGUAGAGCAGCCAUGAUUACCUUUUUUCUCCCAGGAAUACAUGGAGUCUAUUGAAUUCUUCGAAAAUUUCCCUAUGGAAGGAAACAUCUGAUUAGCCUGCUCACGAAAACCUUGAUGUACUCUACUCUCCGGCACCAAAAUGCAUGCUUGGAAACAACCAACGGAAAUGCACCCUGCCAAUCGCUGGUGGCCUGUUUCAGCUGUUGGCAUGCGCUAUUUUCCUAUGCCAGAAACUGACAGAAUUUUCGAAUACGCUUAAUCCUCCUAUCCGAGCAUCGACGUUGCAUGAUCGCCACUCAAAAAGUCAUCUUCUCCUGUCUCGGGGACUGCAAUCGGACGAAGAAGUAAAUGGAUCGCAAUUUCAUUGGUGCGUGAGGAAUGAGAGAAGACGGCAAACAUACCGUAGGCUGGUCUGGAGAGCUCGACCUGCGCGAGUCAUGUAUUAUUGAAGCUCCAACCAACCACAAUGAAUGGAUAGGAUAUCAUCCCAAAAUUCAUGUAGAUUCAUUCCCGACUGGCCAUGAGGAUAUAAAACCAUAUUCCCUGAAAGGGCAUUUCACCUGCAUAAGAAGCGCCAGCAAUCCAGAAGAGCACCAUGAAUUUCAGCGCGUAGGCGACAUCGUCCGCUUUCCAAAGCUGGCUUGGCGUGUGUCCAUCGGUAAGUGGCGUAUGCAUCGCGCGUUGUUCAUCAGCGGGGUUGGCGGAUGGUGCAAAGAACCACCAAACGAGGCAAACGGGCUUGCCUCGAACCGGCGAAUAUGCAAUGGACACCAGGCUAUUAAGUUAGGCAGACACUUGCUACGCAGCUUGGAAGGCCAGCGAAGGCUCAGGAACAAACCACUCCAUUGCCUGCUCCAUUGGAGUCUUGGAGCGGCUUUCCAUGGAAGUACCAGUACUCCGUACUUCGUGAACAUCCCGCAACAUCACAGCUUUGCUCGUUACGUCGAACAGCUUUAUCGAACCCUUGGCCUGACAGGCCUCCUUCGUUCAACCAUGAGAAUCUCGCUUUCCGUGGUCGCAUCGGACAUACAGGUCGACUCCGAAUUUAUCUCCCUCGAUGUUGGCGAUGACAUGACCGUCGCAGAUCUAAAGGCUGUCAUCCAAAGCGAUAUAAACAUACCUUCGUCGGCACUACGCCUCUUCUUCAAUAACAAACUCCUAACAAGCGAUUCCCAGACUUUAGCUCAAGCCGCGAUUCGGGAGGGGGACAUGCUUGCCAUGCAGAUCCAGACCCAGACACCACGGCCCCAGCAACAACAGCAACAGCAAAACAACGUACGUCGUCAAGCGGGAGGGAACGCAUCUAUACAAAAUGCACUAGCCAGCAGGCAGGCGGAAAUGCCGGAUCCUGAGACGCUACGGCUGCAUAUGCUUGGGGACCCUAGAGUGCUGGAGGGAGUGAGAAGACAAAAUCCAGCCCUAGCGGAGGUGGCUGACAAUGCUCAGCGGUUCCGUGAGGUGUUACUUACGCAGCAACGGCAAGAAGCAGAGGCGUUGGCGGCGAGGGAGGCACGGAUUGCGAUGUUAAAUUCGGAUCCCUUUAAUGUAGACGCGCAGAAGGAGAUUGAAGAAAUUAUUCGUCAAAAUGCGGUUAUGGAGAAUCUGCAAGCUGCGAUGGAGCAUACGCCAGAAGCUUUUGGUCGAGUGACCAUGUUGUACGUUCCUGUCGAAGUGAAUGGCCACCGUGUUAAGGCCUUCGUGGACUCCGGCGCCCAAGUCACAAUAAUGUCGCCAGAGUGUGCGUCUGCAUGCAAUAUCAUGCGCUUAAUUGACCGUCGGUACGGUGGUGUCGCGAAAGGCGUUGGGACAGCUGAUAUUUUGGGACGAGUGCACUCCGCUCAGAUCAAGAUCGGGGAUAUAUUCCUUUCCUGCUCAUUCGCUGUGAUGGAUGGCAAACACAUAGAUCUCCUCAUUGGGCUCGACAUGCUUAAGCGACAUCAAGCCUGCAUUGAUCUACAAGAUAACGUCCUAAGGAUCGCAGGGCAAACCGUGCCGUUCCUUAGCGAAGCAGAAAUCCCCAAGCACGAUGAACUCGAGGAUGAGCCGCUAGUGCGUGGUCGAGAUGGUGCCCUUGUUGGUGCCCGAUCAGGUGCAGUCGCCAAACCGGCUGGCAAACCUUCGUCCUCUGCCUCGCCGUCCCAGAUCAGGCCAGCAAAUUCUCCCUCUCCAUCUUCUUCCACACCAAGAAUUAACAUCCACCCUUCUCCCUCCGGGCCAUCAUCCUCCAAUAGCCCACACCUUCAACCUCCCGCUCAAUCCUCCUCUGCACCGGCCUCGCCAUGGCCCGCAGAGUCAAUUUCCAAGAUAACGGAUCUUGGAUUCACCCGGGAAGAAGCACUACAAGCUCUUGAAGCUGCUGGUGGUGAUCUUGAAGGAGCCAUAGGCUAUCUUAUUUAA